AUGGCAGCAACGUCGUUGAAAGAAGAAAUACGUCCGUUUGCCAGCGAUAGAGGUACUCUCCAAACUGCUGCAACAACUGUUCGAAUGCCAAAUACUGGAUUCUCAGAUGAUCCCAGACAGUCGCCGAAUGAAGGUAUCGGCGCAUGCGGAUGGAUCUUAGUCAUUCUAUCUUAUAUCUUAGUUGGUCUGACAGUUCCAUUUUCAUUAUGUCUUUGCAUCAAAGUUGUUCAAGAAUAUGAACGAGCUGUUAUUCUUCGUCUCGGUCGUAUUAUACCAGGCGGUGCGAAGGGCCCGGGUCUAUUUUUUAUUUUACCCUGUGUUGAUACGAUUAUUAAAGUUGAUUUAAGAACGGCAACAUUCAAUGUGCCACCACAGGAAGUUUUAACACGUGAUUCAGUAACUGUAUCAGUAGAUGCGGUUGUCUACAGCCGUGUUUUCAAUCCGGUUAUCAGUGUGACAAAUGUUAAAAACACUCAAUAUGCAACACAAUUACUUGCACAAACAUCAUUACGAAAUAUUCUUGGCACAAAAUCACUUCAAGAAAUUCUUACUGAUCGUGAAGCGAUCGCAGCCAGCAUGCAAAGUCAUCUCGAUGAAGGAACUGAUCCAUGGGGUGUUAAAGUUGAACGUGUUGAAAUAAAAGAUGUUCGUUUACCACAAUCCAUGCAACGCUCAAUGGCCGCUGAAGCUGAAGCAAGUCGUGAAGCUCGUGCUAAAGUCAUUGCUGCUGAAGGUGAACAAAAAGCAUCGAGACAAUUGAAAGAAGCAGCCGAUGUUAUUGCGGAAUCGCCUAUUGCUCUACAAUUACGUUAUUUACAAACGUUAACACAAAUUUCAGCUGAGAAAAAUUCCACCAUCAUCUUUCCAAUUCCAAUCGAACUUCUCAGCUUAGUAAAACGUUAA